GAGUGAUGGGGUUUGUUUGCUUCAAGUGCUUAGCUGAGCUGGGAAAACAUUAACAUGACAAACAAAGCCACAAUUCUAAUGAACACUCUGGCAUUUUUGACGUUGGCUGCAUUUUAAUGAUCUGAACAGCAAUUCUGUUAAAAUACAGGAAUACCCCAGCCUUUACAACUCUCCAGCCUCCAGCAUGAACAAGCAACAGAGCAAGGAGUCACUGAAGGACAGGGUCAAAGGCAUAUUUGGACUGGGUCAGACUCGCACCAUCAGUAAGCAAGCUGAAAGCAAGCCCUCUGAGUUCAUCAUCACCCUUGACAUACUGAAGGAGCUCAGCGUCGAGUGCGGCUUACACAACCGAAUCCGGGUGAUCACCCACAUUUGUGAGCUCGCCAAGUCUAAGAAGUUCGAGGAGCAUGCGGUGGAGGCGCUGUGGAAGGCUGUGGAGGACAUGCUGCAGCCUGACCAGCCGGCAGAGGCGAGGCGAGCCGUCCUGCAGCUGCUGAGAGCCAUCAUCCAGGGUCAGGGUGAAAGGCUGGGUCCUCUCCGUGCGUAUUUCUUCAGUGUCAUCAGGGACUAUCACCCCUCCAGUGAAGACCUGCAUGAUAGACUGGAGGUCUUUAAAGCUAUGACAGAGAAUGGCAAAGACAUCACCUAUUUAGAGGAAGAUAUCGCACGAUUCGUACUGUUGUGGAUGGAUGUGGGACUGACUGCAGACUUCCUACAAGUGCUUGUGAACUUGGUCAAAUUCAACAGCUGCUAUCUUGACCAGAACGUCUCACAGAUGGUCCACAAAAUCUGCCUCUUAUGCAACCGGACAACAUCAUCAACGGAUAUCGAGGUGUCUCUUCAAGUGCUGGACGCGGUCGUCUGUUACAACUGCCUCCCCUCUGACUCCCUGCCUGGCUUCAUCAUCACCCUGUGCCGCACAGUCAACGUGAAGGAGUUCUGCGAAUCUUGCUGGAAGCUAAUGAGGAAGGUCCUGGGGACUCAUUUAGGACAUAGCGCCAUCUACACCAUGUGCCGCAUUAUGGAGGAGAGAGCCUACAUGGAAGACGCGGCUCUCCUGAGGGGCGCUGUGUUCUUCGUGGGAAUGGCUCUCUGGGGCGCCCACCGGCUCUCCGCUCUCAAAAACACACCCACGUUGGUUUUGCCCUCGUUCUACAAGGCCAUGACUUGUGCCAAUGAAGUUGUCUCUUAUGAAAUAGUGCUCUCAAUAACACGACUCAUCAAGAAAUAUGGCAAGGAGCUGCAGGUGGUCACCUGGGAUAUUCUUCUCAAAAUCAUCGAAAGGCUACUGCAGCAGAUCCAGGCCAUCGGGAGCCAUGAGCUCAAGGCAAUAGUCCAUGAGCUUUUGAACACAGUGGAGGAGCUGUAUGAACAGAAUGGGUACCACGGUUGUUGUGAGCGGUUCUUUGGGCUGAUUGAGAAGUGUUCUGAUAAACGACCGGAAUCCUCAGUCAUGAUCCUGAUAUCCUACCGCGCUCACUCCAUUCAGCCUGGCAAAGAUGGGUGGAUCCAGAACCUGCAGAGACUGAUGGAGAAGUUCUUCAGGAACGAGACCAGGAGCGCCAUCCGGAUCAAAGUCCUUGACGUCCUGUCGUUUGUCCUCAGCACAAACCGCCAGCUGUACGAGGAGGAGCUGAUCGAGACAGUGGUGAUCCCUCAGCUUGGACAGAUUGCGGAGGACAAGGACCUGCAUGUCCGGAAGUUGGCCACCCAACUCUUGGUGGACUUGGCCGAGGGGUGCAACACCCAUCACUUCAACAGCCUUCUGGACAUCAUAGAGAAGGUGGUGAGCCUCUCACUCGCUUGUCCUGUGACACUGGAAGCCACAGACAGAGACUUUGGAUCCGAGGCGCCGAUGGAGGAUGUGAAGACGGCCAUUCUGGGGCUCCUAGAGAUCCUACAGACUAAGCUGUAUAGCCUGCCGGCUGGCCAUGCCUGUCGAGUCUAUGAGCUCCUUAUUGGCCACAUUCAGCUGCACUAUAAACACAGGUACAGCUCCAGCAUAGCCAGCAGCAUCCGCUUACAGGUGUUUGAUUUCUUCCUCCUGAUGAGGGCAGAUUCCCUCCAUCGACUUGGGGUCCCCAAUAAAGAUGGUGUCCUGAGGUUUAGCCCGUACUGCUACUGUGACCUGGGGGAGCCAGAGAAGAGGGUGACCGAGAAGAAACCCUCCGGCACAGUGUCACCACCUGCUGGCAGCCCGGCGACCGGCACGCAGGCCUCUUCGUUUCGCAUGGGCCACCUGCCCUACUCCCUGGCCUUCACCGUCCUCCUGCAGUGCUUGAAGCUGGAGUCGGACUGGAAGGUUUUGAAGUUAGUUCUGGAUAAAAUGCCAUCAUCUUUGCAGUACAAAGUCCUCUUCCUGAGCUCCCACUGCAGUAUAGACCAGCUGUGCUCCACACUGUGCUCUAUGGUGACCGAUCGGCUGAUCUCCGAGAGGCUCCACCGAACCCCCGAGGGCUUCUCCCGCACGGACGUCCAGCUCAGCGUGGUGCCAGUGCUGACCGCCCUCACGUCCUACCACAGCUACCUGGAGCAGCCCCGACAGCGCGAGCUGGUCCAGUGCCUGGAGGCAGGCUUGAUUUACCGCUGUGCCAAGCUGUGUGUGGUGGCUCUGACCAUGUGCACCGUGGAGAUGCCCGACAUCAUGGUCAAGCUGCUGCCAGCUCUGAUCGUUAAGCUUACCCACAUCUCGGCCACAGUCACCAUGGCCUCACCCAUGCUGGAGUUCCUGUCAACUCUUGUCAGAUUGCCUCACUUGUAUGCCAAUUUUGUGGCUGAGCAAUAUGUGAGCGUCUUCGCCAUCUCUCUCCCUUAUACCAACCCAUCAAAGUUUAAUCAGUAUAUUGUGUCAUUGGCACACCAUGUGAUAGCCAUGUGGUUCAUUCGAUGUCGGCUGACUUUUCGCAAGGAUUUUGUGCAGUACAUCACAAAGGGUUUGCGGUCCAAUGCACUCCUGCCUUUUGAUGACUCCCACGAACAGAGCAACUUUCGGGCCAGGAGCACCAGCUUGAAUGAGAGGCCAAAGAGUCUGCGGACUGCCAGAGUCCCAAAGCAAGGCUUGACUAGCUCCCCCGUAAAAGAGCUGAAAGAUCUCUCGGCUAUGGACGCCUUCCGCUCCCGAAGCAUCAGUGUUUCUGAGCACGCGGUGCGCAGGAUGCAGACCUCGGUCACCACCACCAGCCUGGGCUCGGCGGACGAGAGCUCCAUGGCGCAGGCCGACGACAGCCUGAAGACCGUCCACCUGGAGCUCACCGAGACCUGCCUGGACAUGAUGGCCCGCUACGUCUUCUCCAACUUCUCUGCCCUCCCCAAGAGGUCCCCAGUGGCCGAGUUCCUGCUGGCUGGAGGCAGAAGCAUGACCUGGCUGGUUGGAAACAAGCUGGUUACCAUAACGACCAGCGGAGGAGUGAGGACCCAGUCUCUGCUAGGCCUGGAUCUGUCGGAGAGGCAGAGUGGAGGGGAACUGACCAGAUCAGAUCCAUCUCUUCACACGAGAUUUACCAAAGAAGCACCAGCAAAACUGGAGUCGCAGUCAGGCCAGCAGGUUGGCCGAGCCACGAGAAUCCGAGUGCGCUCCAUGUCAGGUGGCCACGCCCUCCGUGCCGGCACCGCUCAGAGCCUGAGCCCGCUCGUCUCUCCCUCGGAGAGCGAGUUCUGCGGUCCGGGCUCCCCCGCGGCUCAGGGCUUGGAUAACUCGGCGGGCUGCGGGAGGUCCGAAUCCGUGCCAGCCCCCCCGCCUUCCCAGAUGGACAAGUCCGGUCUGGCUGAGUUUGCGCCCAUGCUGACCCAGGGCUGGGCCGAGAUCUUCAUUCGCAGGCCUUCAGGCAAUACCAGCUGGUUGAUGUGCCUGGAAAACCCCCCCAGCCCUUUCUCCUCGGAGGUGGGCAACAUGCCCUUGCAAGAGCUGUCCAAUGUCCUCAUGGCUCUGGAGAGGAUCAAGGAACCCAGGGCUCCCGACGUGCCUAAAUCGCCCACUGGGCCGGAAGGGAGCCACACGCACGGCGCAAAGAAACCCUCCUUAAUCCAGCGCUCGAACACCGUGGCGUCUUUCUCUUCUCUCUACCUACCCGGCUCCCAAGUGAAGUUGCACAGGAGUAUAUCCUGGGCAGAAUCGGUGGUGGUGCUGGAGGAGGGGGCCAGAGAGAAAGGCGGCGACUCACCAGCAGAGUCCCCCGAGAGUGAGGAGUUCGAGGCCAUGCCCCCAGAGCCUAUUUUCAUGAGCGGAGAGAAAAUCAAAGUCCAGGGAGCUUACAGCAGGUCCUCCUCGAGCUCCAGCCAGGACGAGGAGCGGUCCACCCCGCUGGAGGACGUCGGCGUCUGCGCCGUGCCCAUCGAGAGGGGGAGCCUGUCCACUCCCAGCCUGGAAGAGGAGCUGCCCUUCCAGCACCCGCAGACCCUCAACAAGUCCAGCUCCUCCCCCGAGCUGCAGGCCCUGCAGGAAGCCUUCGGAGAGGCGCCCCGCCGCGAGGAUGGCGGCAGGGGGAAGCCCGCGGCCGAGGCCAGGCGGGAGCUGGAGGAAGAGCCCCUCGCCGAGGAGGACGCCGGGCCCGUGGAAGGAGGCCGAGCAGCAGCAGCAGCAGCACCGGGAGGAGGAGGAGGAGGAGGAGCGUCGGCGGCCGCAGCCUCGAGGAUGAAGCUGGAGUUCCCGGCGCCCCAGCUGGCUCCCCUCUCUCCCCUCUCUCCCGGCGGCCACCGGCCCCGCGGCCACACCAUCUCCGUGUCGGCCCCCUCGCGCCGCGAGAGGAAGAUGGAGCGCGACUCCUACCGCGGCAGGGGGGCCGCCUCCAGCGCCGAGAAGUCCGCGGGCCUGAGUCCGAGCUUCGUGUUCCUUCAGCUGUACCAUUCACCCUUUUUUGGAAAUGAGUCCAACAAGCCAUUGCUUCUCCCUAAGUCGCAGCUCAUAGACCGAGCUGUCAAAGUUCUGGAUCAAAUGCCACCGUAUGACACCCACAAAAUUGGAGUGGUGUUUGUAGGCGCAGGACAGGCGAAUAAUGAAGUUUCCAUCCUCUCGAAUGAAUAUGGAUCCAACAGGUACGCCCACUUCCUCACGGGCCUGGGCAAACUGAUCUAUCUGAAGGACUGUGACCCCGACCAGAUCUUCCUGGGUGGGCUGGACCAGUACGGUGAUGAUGGGGAGUUUACCUACUGCUGGCAUGAUGACAUUAUGCAGGCCAUUUUUCACAUUGCCACUCUGAUGCCUAACCGCGAAUCGGAUAAAGGUUACUGCAACAAGAAGAGGCACAUCGGAAACGACUUUGUAAUUGUGGUGUACAACGACUCCCGGGAGGAGUACAAGCUGGGCACCAUCAAGGGCCAGUUUAACUUUGUGGAAGUUAUAAUCAAGCCUCUGGAUUACGAGAGUAAUUUGGUCACACUACAGUGUCGCAAAGAUUUAGAAGGCCUGGUUGAUACCACCGUAGCUAAAAUUGUGUCAGACAGAAAUCUGCCGCUUCUUGUACGACAAAUGGCACUCCAUGCCAAUAUGGCAUCCCUGGUGCACCAGUACAGAUCGAACCCUUCAGACGCUUAUGCCUCUAAGUGGCUGGCAAGACUGCGCCACAUUAAAAGGAUUCGAACCAGGGCCCAGGAGGAGAUCCAGUCCCGGCCCAGCCUGGGGAUCUCGCUGACGCAGGCCCACGGGACAGUGCAGACCAAGAGUUCCUACCAGCAGGGGGUGCACCCAGCCUCGGACAGCGGGCAGAGGAAGCGUCUAGUCUCAACGGUGGAUGAUUUCACGGACUUUGUAUGAGUUCUCUAAUCAGUGUUGCAGCCUUGGCCUGGAAAGUGUAGCCAGGGAGUCCAGCUGGAUUGUGUGCAUCAUUGCACCAUUACACCAUUCUGUGGUUAUGGGUCCGAUUCAGAAGUAUUGUUUUCUUCUCGUUGUUGCUGUAAUGCAUGUAUCGUCUGCCUGGUCACUAUCCUUUUAGUGUUUGAAUUGGCACAGGAAUCUGGUUCUGCUCUACUGGUUAGUUGUUUUUUUUGUCAAUUUCAAAAAGAAAAUAUCACCAAACUGUCACUAGCUUUGCCUACCUGCCUUUGUAAGUGUUGUUUGUUCACAGUAUAGUAGCCUAAUUUAAAAAAGGGGGUUGAGAAGUUUCAGUUACUGAAAAAAAGAAAUCAGUGUGUGAAAUAAGUUAUUGAUCUGAAUUAUUUGCCAUUGUUUUAGGUACACCGGCAUAUUAAUUUAAUUCCCAUACUUCUUGUAGACUUUAUGAAGCAUCAAUAUUGCCGAUCAGAACAGACCAGACGUUUCAGUUUUAUUAGAGCUCGAUUUCCUGUUGCGUCCUGGUCCUGCAAAAAAGCAAUUCCAGAAGGGUAUAUAAAUAACCGUCAGUGAGAGUUUCUUAACUUAAGUUAAACUUAAGUUAAACAAGUGACUCGUUAGUUUACAGAUUCUUUGCCAUGGAUCAUCAAGAAUCAGAGUUCCCUUUCUUAAAUUACUUGCUGAAUUGAUCAGUAAUUAGUAGUGUUCCUAAUAUUUAGAAACCGGAGCUUUUGGGGGGGCCUACAGGACUAAUAGGAUUGGGACUCUUCUGGUAUAAAAUAUCACUUAUAGCUCCCCAGUAUCAAAGUAAAGCUCCUUUUGGCAACUUGGCAAAGGUUUAUCAAAGAUGAGGAAAUGACCUGUUAAUUCUGAGUGACGGGUCACAACGUCUGUGCUUGCUUCUCAGUGUCACAUUCAUGUAACUUUCAUUAUUCUGAUCCAACUAAAAACAGUGCACAAGACAGAGUUUUACCGAACGGACCAUAUGGUAACAUGGGUUUUGCAAAAAUUGUCAAUAAUUCCUUAGAUAAGAGAAACUAUAACAGUGAAGAGAAAAAGAGUGCAGGCUAAAAGCGAUGCUCAUAAUUCUGUACGAGAAACAACGGUGAAUUAAUUAAGAUAAAACCAAAAGGAUUUUGUUCACACUGACCAGCACACUUCUGUUUUAUACAGCUAAAACAGAAGAAUCACGUUUUGGCCAUUUUCUUUUCACAGAGGUUUGAUCACUGAAAUGACUUUAAAGUGACCUUUGAAUGAGAGAUUAAGCCCUGCUGCCUUAUCAAUAGCUUUGGCUGUGAUGAUAAUACCAAAGGAUGAGAGCAGUGUUUUCUGUUUGUUCUGAAAAUUACAGUACAGGCAUGUGACAUUCACAUACCCGGAAACAAAAUAAUUUGAAGGGGAGAAUUCUGUGAUGAGGAUGCAAAUAUUCCUUAAUUGGUCCUGGUUUUUUAUUGUACAGAAUUGCAUAUAAUGUCAAGAUUUCCUGCUAAUGUGAUACACAGUUGAGCGUUUGGAGGGAAUGGUCUUUUUAUGUGUAACUGCAAAAUGGUCAUCUUUUGAUCCCGCAACGUCUGCAUUGUUCGGUAUGAGCAGUGGAGGGUAAGGAGAGUGAUUCGCAUUGGUUUCAACAAAUUUCCAAAGCUCAGAAAUGAGAAGAACGAUAGCAGCUGUCAAAGCUGGGUUAAGGCAUGGCUGGUGUACAGCUGUGGGUAAGGAGAAGAGUGCUUAGGGGGUCUUGCAUGUAACUUAAUGUGUUUUGUGUUUAACCUUACUUAAUUUACCAAUUGACACAAAACUGCUGUGCUGUGACAAUUUACUCUCACUGCUGUUAAUUCACUGGCAAUUUGAAAACAAAAAUUGUAAGGGGAGUGUGAGGCACACCACGAAGGUGGAAGAUUGUUGAGGAAGCAUGACGUUUGGACAAUAAAACACUAAAUAAUGAGUCUAAUAAAUUGUUAUAAACAUAAACUAGCCCGAGGGCCCCCAGCCACAAGAAAAGAAGCCCCCGAAGAGGACUGAGCUGCUCUUUCUUAGAUUCUAAUUAUCAUUAGUGAUCCAUAUUAGAGGUUCUGGAGAGAAGCUGGUCUUUUAAAAUUCAUAUAACAAAAUCUGUUGCAGAAUUUGUACCCAGAUGUAUAUUCCAGGGAGACAUUUUCUAAUCUGUUUCAGGAAAGGUAUGUGUCAAAUUGUAAAUGGAAAGAUUGAAACUCACUGGUGUGGGAAAUAAAGCAUAGAAAGUGGUAUACAUUUU